AGGCGACCCAAAAGUGCUGCUUCGCGCCAAGCACUGGAGGGAUUUUCUCACUUUUUAGAUGACAAACCUCCCUAAACACCGCGGGAAACAGCUUCGUGAUGGACAUCAGACGGUUUUUUGCGCCCACCUCAGCUAAGUCCACCCUCCAGAAACCAUCCGUAAAAGGAAACACACAAGAGGAAGACAAGAAGAAGAGGAAGAAAAAUAAAAGCCCUCUUUCUUCAGAUGAGGAGGUGAAACCGAAGAAGAAGGAGACCAGCAAGGUUAAAGGCUCCAGAGCAGAGCAGAAACCCAAGGAGAGCGAGAAGAAGCGCAAGAAGCACGCUGUCAUAGUUUCAGACUCUGAGGACGAGGAGCCAGUGAGCAAGUCAAAAAAAUCCUCCAAAGAGAAACCGAAGCGCGGCAGAGCGGAUCCGAAUCUUAAAAAAGAUCCUGUGCAGUACGUCUCCGAAACAGACUCUGACAGUGACAACUUUCAGACUUUGAAGAAGGACGUCAAACCCAAACAGAAUGGCACUAACAGAAAGCUGGAGGCUUCGAGCUCUCAUCCAGCAGCCAAAGAGGAGAAGAAGUCUCCUCCUGUCAAACCGUCAACUCAGGGGAAGACGGGGCUGAAGUCUCCUCCUGGUCCCGCCAAGUCCGCCCCUCCUCCACAGCCCAAACAAACCCCCACCUCAGUGUUCGACUACUUCGGCAGCGCCAGCAUCCAGCGUUCGGACAAGAAGCUGGUGGCCAGCGCCAAACGAAAAGCACCACCGCAAGACGCAGACGAGCUGAGUGAUGCAGAAAUCGCCCGACAGCUGCAGAUGGACGAGGACAUGGAGCUGGAGAAACAGAUUCACGCGGACGAGGACUUCGCCAGGACUCUGGCCAUGCUGGACGAGGAGCCUCAGUCCAAAAAGGCUCGCAAAGGACCCGAUGAGAGCCGGAACGCAACUCCCAAAAAGAACACCUCAGAUGCCGUCAGCUCGAGCAGCUCGUCCAAACCCGACCGCAGGGCGUCGGAGGACGUCGUCAGUCCGUCCCCCAAGCAAAACACGUCCCCGGUCAAAGCCAGCUCCAAACUGGCCAUGAUGAAGAAAAAGGCCGAGGCGAAGGGUGAAGGAUCCAAGAGCAAAACUUCACCUGCUAAAAUGAAAAUCUCCCCCAAAAAGGAGCCUCCGGCUUCAUCGAGUGCAGAAAUGAAGUUCACACCGAAAACAGGAACCACGCCCAAGACGCUGAAGAUUUCUCCUAAGAAACCCGAGAGCACAAGUACGACUCCUGACGAAGCUGAGAAGAGGAAGAUCAACUCCUCCGCUUACAGGAACUAUCUGAACAGAGACGGACCUCGAGCUCUGGGCUCCAAGGAAAUCCCAGAGGGGGCAGAGAACUGUUUGGAGGGCUGCGUGUUCGUGCUGACGGGCGUCCUGGAGUCCAUGGAGCGGGACGACGCCAAGUCCCUCAUCGAGCGCUACGGAGGGAAGGUGACCGGCAACGUCAGCAAGAAGACGUCCUACGUGGUGCGGGGCAGAGACAGCGGGGUGUCCAAGAUCGAUAAGGCGGAGAGCUUGGGCACCACAAUCCUGGAUGAAGAUGGUCUCUUGGAGCUGAUUCGGACCAAACCAGGAAAGAAAUCAAAGUACGAAAUUGCUGCAGAAGCUGAGUGUACAGCCUCAAAGAGCAGGACUCCCCCCAGCCAGACUUCAAAGACCACCCCCAAAGCUCAGAAGAUCUCUCCCUCCAAGGGAAACUCCAGGUCCCCCCACACUCCGAGUCCCUCAAAGACCGGCCUGGCUCAAGGGCACGGCUCCAGAGCUGGACACGGCCACACGCCGCUGGGGAGAGGCUCCGGUCACACGGCCCGGAGGGAGCUGGGCCUUUCUGCCCCGUCCUCCUCCUCCUCCUCCUCCUCCUCCUCCUCCUCCUCCUCUUCGCCGGGUCGGUCGCCUCCAGGAGAGGGCGCCAGUCUGCUGUGGGUGGACAAGUACCGGCCGCGCUCCCUGAAGUCUGUGAUCGGCCAGCAGGGGGAGCAGAGCUGCGCCAACAAGCUGCUGCGCUGGCUGCAGAACUGGCAGAAAAACCACGGCGCGGGCGCCAGCAGCAAGCCGGCAGCGGCACGCUUCGGCAAAUUCGGAGGAGGCAGAGAUGACGGAUCCGGGUUCAAAGCCGCCCUGCUGUCCGGACCUCCAGGGGUGGGGAAGACCACCACAGCUGUUCUGGUCUGCCAGGAGCUCGGCUUCAGCUUCGUGGAGAUGAACGCCAGCUGCACGCGCAGCAAAAACAGCCUGAAGGAAGUUGUUGCAGAAUCUCUCAACAACACCAGCAUUGAGACCUUCUACAAAGGCACGUCUCAGACAGUGAGCAGUAAACACGUCCUGAUCAUGGACGAGGUUGACGGCAUGGCCGGUAACGAGGACCGUGGAGGAAUUCAGGAGAUGAUUGGCCUGAUCAAAAGUUCAAAGAUUCCCAUCAUCUGCAUGUGCAACGACCGGAACCACCAGAAGAUCAGGUCUCUGGCCAACUAUUGCUUCGACCUGCGCUUCCAGAGGCCGCGAGUCGAUCAGAUCAAGGGAGCCAUGAUGUCCCUCGCCUUCAAAGAGGGGAUCAAGAUCCCUCCUCCAGCUCUGAACGAAAUCAUUUUAGCCUCCAACCAGGAUGUGCGACAGGUGAUCCACAACCUGAGCAUGUGGUCGGCCAAAGACAAGGUGAUGACGUACGACCAGUGCAAGUCGGACGCCGCCAGCGCCCGCAAGGACAUGAAGCUGGGGCCGUUCGAGGUCUGCAGGAAGGUGUUCGCCGCCGGCGAGGAGAUGGCGCGCAUGAGCCUCAUCGACAAGUCCGACCUGUUCUUCCACGAUUACUCGCUGGCGCCGCUUUUCGUCCAGGAAAACUACCUGCACGUCCGCCCCGCUGCUGCCAGCGGUGACAUGAAGUCGCAUCUGGUUCUGCUCAGCAAGACUGCCGACUCCAUCUCCGAUGGAGAUCUGGUGGACAGACGGAUCCGAUCGGGCCAGAACUGGUCGCUGCUGCCCACACAGGCCAUCUAUGCCAGUGUGCUGCCAGGCGAGCUGAUGAGAGGCUACAUGGCUCAGUUUCCAGUGUUCCCCAGCUGGCUCGGCAAGAACUCGUCGGCCAGCAAGCACUCGCGGAUCAUCCAGGAGCUUUCCUCGCACAUGAGCCUCAGGACCCACAGCGGCAGGCAGGCGGUGAACCUGGACUACCUGCACUACCUGCGGCAGGCGCUGCUCAGCCCGCUGCAGCGGCGCGGGGCGGAGGGCGCCGCGCAGGCCGUGCAGCUGCUGGACGACUACCAGCUGGUCCGGGAGGACGUGGACAGCAUCAUGGAGAUCAGCGUCUGGGGGGGCCAGCCGGACCCCUACUCCAGGCUGGACUCCAAGGUGAAGGCUGCUUUCACACGAGCGUACAACAAAGAGGCCCACCUCACACCGUACUCCCUGCAAGCGGUGAAGAAAGGCCGUCGUGGCGGCGGCGGCGGCGGUGGAGGAGAGUUUGAAGAGGACGACGCCGGACAAGAUGGUCCAGAGUCUGAAGACGAGGGGGACGGCCUCAAAGUCGACGCAAUGAUCAAACAGAAGAAGGCUAAAGCCACCAAGGAGUCAAAGAAGGAGAAGAAAGAAGACUCUGGAAAGGGCAAAGGCAAGGGGAAAGGCAAGGCCAAGAAAUGAGUGCUUUGUCUUCCUCCUCCCGGCGCCACAGACUGACAUUUCUUUGUGCGCCAGCGGCGGCGCCAUGAAAAGCAUCAGGAAGUAGUGAAACUCAGCAGGUCAAUCGUCUGUCCUUCAUCUAAACACGCAGACCGAGAAGCAGUUUUUUUUUCCUGUUACUUUUUAUCAUCCCGUGUCUCCUGAUCGAACAAACGAUGAUCGUCACUUCCUGUUCCUCUCAUCAUGUGUGUGUGUGUGUGUAGACCUCUGCAGCGACAGGAGUGUGUUCCUCUGCGCUUUAGGAGCUCAACUUGUAAAUAAUGUGACUGAUGACGUAGAAGACAUUUUGCUACCACUUAACUCCAGCGAUGUCUCUUUGCUUUCGCUCAGCGGUUAGUAUUCAUGAUGAUUCCUUCUGUAAAUUUACAAUUUUGUAAAAACAAAACUUCAUGAUGGUUCAAAGAAAGACGUUGGGCUGUGAGUUGUUUUUUUUUUUUUUUUUAACCAACUGAAAAAUGUAUCUGGUUGUAUUCCUGAAUUUCAGCCUCAGUCUCAGAUAAACACAAUGAUCGUUAUAAUGGAAAAAUGAUCUGGAAGCCACCGUGUUUUAUGUUGAAGGUGUUAUAGAGUUUUCUGUGUCCACUGCUCUCCAUGCGCUGCCGU